AUGUCGGAAGAAGAAAAAGAGCUUCUGGCUCGCAUCGGGCAGCUAGCGGGCCAAAUCAACAGACACAAAAGUCAACAGGCUGGAGUCGGGGCCACCUCGAGCCGCCAAGCUAGUGACUAUCGAAGUCCGUUUACGAUUAACACAGCGAGUCGCUAUGGUGCUGACUUGAGAAAAGGAGGAAAUACAUAUCGCCCACGCAGCGCUUAUAAUGGCUCGGCAUAUAGAGUUGGGCGAGCGCAAAACAACCACCGCCAUCGGACCCUUCACCUCAACCAAUCUCGGCCACCAUCUGAUUCCAAUACUCCAAGUCCGGGCUCAACAACUGGAAGCAGUGGCUGGGUAUCUAGAAACGACCGACAUCGACAGCUAAUCAACGCCAACGUCUAUGAGAAGGAUACCCAGAACCGCGUCAGAGCCAUUGAAGAGACGAGGCAAAAGAAGCUGCAGGACCGGAAGAUGCGCGAAAAAAUUCAACUGAAGGAUUUUUUGCGCCAUCAGGCCAGCGCGACUAAUGCGGUUGCUAACUCCAAACCUGGUGUAGGCAACGCUGAGAUUAUGAUUGAAGGCAUCCGCUUCCAUGUAGCCGAUGGCGGCAAGAAACUUGUUAAAUCAUCAGGUUCCUGCCCCAAAGGCCCGUCUUGUCGAUAUCAACAUGAUCCUACCAGAGUGGCUGUAUGCAAAGACUUUUUGAAGGACGGCAAGUGUCCCAACGGCGAGUCCUGCGACCUUUCCCAUGAUGUUUCUCCCGAACGCGUUCCGAAUUGCUUGCACUAUGCAAAAGGCCACUGCACAAAGGCCGAUUGUCCAUACACGCACUCCAGAGCAGCGCCCGGUGCUUUGGUUUGCGAGGCAUUCGGCUUCUACGGCUACUGUGACAAGGGAGCUUCCUGCACUGAGCGUCAUGUUUUCGAAUGCCCUGACUUUAGCAAUACCGGCAUCUGCAAGAGUAAAGGAUGUAAACUCCUCCACCGUGAAAGGGCAAGCGUCCUGCGAAACCAGGCCAAAGCCAACGACGCUAUGGAUGAAGAUGUAUCCAGCGACGAAGAAGCAGUGGACUCAGACGACGUUGACUCAGAUGAGGUUGCAGAAUUCAUCGAAGCAGAAUCAGACGACUCUGACUUUGAGAAUCAAAAGGACUUUAUACCCCUCUAG